UCCGUUUCCUCCCCCUACCGUUUGUGCUGUGUGAGAGCGUGUGCCCCGGAGCCAGUCUCGGCACACAUCUUAUAUAAAAAAUCAAAAAUACAAAAAAAAUUACAAAACAGAAAAUCAACAAAAAAUCUAUUUUCGUAACCAACACUUGGUGAAGCAGGAUCAGCAAACGUAUCCUUGUGAGAACGACGUGGGAUCUGAAAGUUAACUUGAAGCCUACCUUACCGGUCUGCUUUGGAGGCCGAGGAGAUUAGCUAGCUUAGCUUAGCUCGCUAGCUAACGUUAACUGACUAGCAACCGCUGUUUAGUUUGCCUAGCUAGACUUAAGCGUCGAGUUGCUAGAUAGUUUCGGACUGGAAUUCGCUAAUUAGCGUCUUUUAGCUACUGACGUCUGUCUGUUAUAAGGAGGAAAAACUGACAGUUGAUAUUUUGAUUUAACUACCGUCUGAGUCUAAAAAUAAGUCAAGUUAACGCUAGGUAACUAGCCCCCAUAAUCACCUAGCGUGAUAGCUAAUAAUCCAUCUUCCUCGUUGUGAAUCACCAGUGGAUUGAGUCCGGCCUAAAUCCUCUGUUUAACCGCAGUCGGCAGUUUGGUGAUCGUAACACAUAGUUAGCUAAUUUGUCGAACAGAUUGACCGACGUCACACACGACGAUGAAUCCAAGUGCUCCAAGUUACCCGAUGGCCUCGUUGUACGUCGGUGAUCUUCACCCAGAUGUUACCGAGGCCAUGCUAUACGAGAAAUUCAGCCCUGCUGGCCCAAUUCUCUCCAUCCGGGUUUGCAGAGACAUGAUGACUCGUCGCUCACUUGGAUAUGCGUACGUGAACUUUCAGCAGCCGGCGGAUGCUGAGCGUGCUUUGGACACCAUGAACUUUGACGUCAUCAAAGGCAGGCCUGUGCGCAUAAUGUGGUCCCAGAGAGACCCCUCUCUGAGGAAGAGCGGAGUUGGCAACAUCUUCAUCAAGAACCUGGACAAGUCUAUUGACAACAAAGCUCUUUACGACACAUUCUCCGCCUUUGGAAACAUCCUCUCCUGCAAGGUGGUGUGUGAUGAGAAUGGCUCUAAGGGCUACGGCUUUGUGCACUUUGAGACCCACGAGGCUGCGGAGAGAGCCAUUGAGAAAAUGAACGGCAUGUUGCUCAAUGACCGCAAAGUGUUCGUCGGCCGCUUCAAGUCUCGCAAGGAGCGUGAGGCUGAGAUGGGGGCCAGAGCCAAGGAGUUCACCAAUGUUUACAUUAAGAACUUUGGCGAGGACAUGGACGACGACAAGCUGAAGGAAAUCUUCAGCAAGUUCGGCCCAGCGCUGAGCAUUCGCGUCAUGACUGACGAGAGUGGCAAGUCCAAGGGCUUUGGCUUUGUGAGCUUCGAGAGGCACGAGGAUGCCCAAAGGGCCGUGGAUGAGAUGAAUGGGAAGGAGCUGAAUGGGAAGCAGGUGUAUGUGGGUCGUGCCCAGAAGAAAGGCGAGAGGCAGACAGAGCUCAAACGCAAGUUUGAGCAGAUGAAGCAGGACCGCAUGACUCGCUACCAGGGAGUGAACCUGUAUGUUAAAAACCUAGACGAUGGUCUGGACGACGAGCGUCUACGUAAGGAGUUCUCUCCAUUUGGAACCAUCACAAGUGCCAAGGUGAUGAUGGAGGGCGGCCGCUCCAAAGGGUUUGGCUUUGUGUGUUUCUCCUCUCCGGAGGAGGCCACCAAAGCAGUGACGGAGAUGAACGGGCGCAUUGUGGCCACCAAGCCACUGUACGUGGCCCUGGCGCAGCGCAAGGAGGAGCGGCAGGCCCACCUCACCAACCAGUACAUGCAGCGCAUGGCCAGUGUACGCGCCGUGCCCAACCCAGUGCUCAACCCCUACCAGCCCGCCCCACCCUCCGGCUACUUCAUGGCAGCCAUUCCACAGGCUCAGAACCGGGCUGCCUACUACCCGAGCAGCCAGCUGGCACAGCUCCGCCCCAGCCCCCGCUGGGCCACGCAGAGCGUCCGCCCACAGCAUUUUCAGAACAUGCCGAGUGCCAUCAGGCCCACAGCACCCCGUCCACAGACCUUCAGCACAAUCCGACCCACCUCCACCUCCCAGGUCCCACGCAUGAUGGCCUCUCAGCGCAUGGCAUCUCAGCCUCUGGGGCCGCGGCCGACCAGCGCAGGAGCAGCCACCGGGGCGGCGCCGGUGAGAGCAGUACCGCAGUACAAAUACGCCACAGGGGUUCGCAACCCACAGCAGCACCUGGGCACACAGCCGCAAGUGCCCAUGCAGCAGGCUGCAGUCCAUGUGCAGGGCCAGGAACCUCUCACUGCCUCCAUGCUGGCUGCUGCACCUCCACAGGAGCAGAAGCAGAUGCUGGGUGAGCGUCUGUUCCCCCUGAUCCAGAACAUGCACCCCACCCUCGCAGGGAAGAUCACGGGUAUGCUCCUGGAGAUCGACAACUCAGAGCUACUGCAUAUGCUGGAGUCUCCUGAGUCUCUUCGCUCUAAGGUGGAUGAGGCAGUCGCUGUGCUCCAGGCCCACCAGGCGAAGGAAGCAGCUCAAAAAUCUGUAACCAGUGCUGCGGUUCCCGCUGUCUGAUGGAAGAAUAAGUAAACCUGCAAGCCAGCUUCACCAAGGCAGAAAAAGGAAAAAAAUACACAUUGAAACUGAAAAAUGAAAAACACAUUAAAAUUUUCAAUAUUUUUGCCAGGUCUAUAGACUCCAAGUCUAGGCCUUGAUUAUAGUAAAUUUAAAAAGGGAAAAAAAAAAAAGAAAAAAGGCAAAAUGAUUGACAUGAACAGUUUAUCAUUCCUUUCUGUUUAUUCCUAUUACUGUUUGAAUGCUCAGAAUCAGUUCUUGCAGUUGAUAGCUGAGCAUUAGGAAAGUAUUGGAUUGCAUUAAUAAAAAUUUAAAGAUG